CUGAGAGAGAAGUGAGAGAGAGGGAGAGAGGGCGAGAGACAGAGAGAAGGGAGAGAGAGGGAGAGCUGCGGUGCCGGCAAAGGUAAAGGAUGGAGCGGUGUAGCGCCGGUGACGGAGGAAGAAGCCGACGGCGGAGACAGGUAUGUGGCUCGGUGUGCUAGGGUCAGGGUUUGGGGCUCGACCCAGUUUAGAGAGAGAGAGAAGGAAAGGGAGAGAGGGGAGGGGGCUCACCAGCGGAGGAGGCGGCUCGGUGGUCGGUGCCGGAGGGGAUGGGCCGAGGCGGCGGCCGAGCUGCCAUAACCAUAUCAUUUCUUGUUGGCUCUUCUUUCCCAAUCCAGCCAUAACCAUACCAGUCCUCCCAAAUAUCCACACCACUCUACGGGUUGAGUAAUUGCAGUCUGCCUGCGGCCACUAUGGAUCUGGUGGUGGGUGCUUCCGAGUCCACCGUGAAAUCUCUCCUGGGCAAGCUAGGCAGCCUUCUCGCCCAGGAGUACACUCUGAUCAGGGGCGUCGCCGGCGACCUGCAGUACAUCAACGAUGAGCUGACCAGCAUGCAGUCCUUCCUCCGCGACCUCGGUGCCGCCGGGGAUGGCCGCGGCCACGGGCACGACCACCGGAUGAAGGACUGGAUGAAGCAGAUCCGCGACCUCACCUACGACAUUGAGGACUGCGUGGAUGACUCGGGCCACCGCAUCCGCGGCUUGCCGAGCGACAUGUGCUGCUACUUCCUCGUCAACAGCGUCUACGAGGUCCUGACGUGGUGGCCUCGCCGCGACAUUGCAACCAAAAUCUCCAACCUCAAGAUGCGGGCGCAGCAGAUCGGCGAGCGACGCCACAGGUAUGGCGUCGACAACCCCAAAUCCGGCGACAGUAGCAUCAGUGGCGUGGCAGCUGAUGGUGCUACUGGAUUUAAUGCUGCCGAAAAUCAGGACUCGAGCCUUGAGCUUGUCACCAUGAAGACCCCCGUGGGAGUGGACAAGGACAUGGAAGAACUCGAGAAGUGGGUGACGGGAGAGGCGACUACCGGCGUGCUGUCCAUUGUUGGGUUCGGAGGCGUGGGGAAGACCACCAUCGCCACCGCCUUGCAUGACAAGUUCCGGGAUCAGUUUGACCACCGUGCGGUGGUGACGGUGUCUCAGAGCUCCGACAUCGAGGCCAUCUUGAGUAGCAUACUAAGUCAAGUCAAGCCACAGAGCAACGAUCAGGAGCAGCGUGGCAGCUCGCCGAAGAAGAGUCUGGCAGCGGCCAUGCGAGGGGCACUGGAUCACGUUACCCGCACCUCAAACGAAACGAAAGACAACACCAAGCUGGAUCAACUCAAAGAAGACCUCCAGAGCCACUUGAAGAAACACAGUUACUUGGUUUUAAUUGACGACGUGUGGUCUACAACGACAUGGGGAAAGAUCCGAAACUUAUUUCCCCAAUCAGCUCAGGACAUGAAAAAGGGCAGAAUAAUAGUUACAACACGGUUCCCAGCUGUUGCUACGGCAUGUCAGAGAGAAUCAGGUGAUUUAAGCCAUAAAGUUCGUGCUCUAACAGGCGACAAACCUAAAGAGUUAUUUAAACAAGCCUUCACUGAAUCCAAGGGUAGCGAAGAUGUCAAGAUCCUGUUUGAGGUGGAGGAAUUGCAAAGGAAUUCAAAAGAAAUUUCAGAGGGAGCAGUUCAAUCACCGCAAGGAUCUAGUACAUCACAAACAGUUCAAUUACCACAAGAACUGUUGAAUAUGUGCGGGGGGCUACCAUUGGUCCUUGUUACCAUGGCUGGACAUGUGGCCUGCAGCACCAACAAAUCGUUCAAGGAAUGGAUAGACCUCUGCAAAACUCUGCUCCCAGAUUCAAACAAGGAUCGUGGGGAAGAUCUCACCCAGGAGGAAGCGGGCAGGAUCAUUAGUCACUGCUUCAACGACAUGCCUCCUGAGAUCAAGACUUGCUCGCUGUAUUUGAGCAUCUUUCCCAAGGGUCACCAGAUUAGCAGGAAGCGUUUGACAAGGCGAUGGAUAGCUGAAGGUUUUGUCAGUGAGAAGCAAGGACUGAGUGUGGAGGACGUUGCAGAGACGUAUUUCAAUCACCUCAUCAGGAGGAAGAUCAUACGGCCAGUGCAGCACAGCAGCAACGGGAAGGUGAAGACCUGUGUAGUUCACGACAUGAUCCUUGAGCACAUUGUAACCAAGGCAAACGAAGAAAACUUCAUCAGUGUGGUUGGUGGCCACUGGCUCAUGCAUCAACCUAGCAGCAAGGUUCGUCGGCUGUCCCUCCAGGUGAGCGAUUCCAAACGUGCCAAGGACACGGAGGGGAUGAACCUGUCUCAUGUCCGAUCGUUGACCGUGUUUGAGAACUUGAACCAACUGCAGUCCGGUUUGUUCAAGUUUGGCAUUGUACAGGUCCUGGAUCUUGAAGGUUGCAAGGGUUUCAAGCAGCAGCACAUUAAGGAGAUAUGUGGCAUGGUCCUUCUCAAGUAUCUGAGCCUCCGAGGAACGGACACUAAACUGCUUCCAAAAAAGAUUGGAAAGCUUGACAAGCUAGAGACUUUGGAUGUAAGGGAGACGGAUAUUGUCGAGCUGCCUACAACCGUAUGCGAUCUUGAACGGCUGGUUAACAUACUUGGUGGCCAUAAAAAAACACACAAGGCACUGAAGCUUCCAGAAGAGUUGGUGAAGAAGAAGAAGAUGACGGCCCUGCGCAUACUGUCUGGUAUUGAGAUCGUUGCGGGAUCAGUGGACCUUCAUCAUUUGAUCGAGCUGAGGAAGCUCGCCAUUUACAAGGUCAGUCUCACUGAGGAUGAGGACCUCAAAGAACUAAGCUCCUCUAUCGAGUACCUCUCUGGCUACUCUCUGCACACCCUCGUAAUUGAUGACGAGUCAUCUAGGUUUCUCAAAUUGCUGCGUGAGAUGUCUUCACCACCAAAAUUCCUUGUUGCCCUUGAGCUGUCCGGCAAGAUCGUCAAGCUCCCCGAUUGGAUAGCACAGCUUGAUGCUCUCAACAAGUUGACCCUUUCGGUAACAGCUCUCCGAACGGACAACUUGAGGCUCCUAAGCAAUCUCAGGGCAUUGUUUUCUCUCACCUUUACACUUGCUGCAGGAAAACAGGGUCCAGAAACUCUGGCCAUUCUUGCGCAAAACAAGUUGUGCUCCGAUGGGGAGAUAAUAGUACCAGCUGGUGGAUUUGAGAGUCUUAAGCUUCUUCGCUUCUCUGCUCCACUCUUGCCAUUGCUGAGUUUCUCAGAAAAUGCCAUGCCGAAACUUGAAAGUAUUGAGCUCCGGUUCAACAUGUUAGAAGGCAUUUUUGGCACAGAAAACAUUGCAGAACUCAAAGAGGUGUGUUUGAGGUUAAACGACGAAGACGGUGAAGUCAUGGCCAAGAAGAUAGUAGACGAGAUGAAGAGUGCAGCGAAGAGGAUUGGUACCAAGAGGCCCAGAAUAACCCUUGAUCACUGAAUCAUUAAAGUUACUGCAAAACUUUAUGUUUUCUCAGUCCCUUUUUUUUAGAUUGUGUGUUUCCUUAAUUAGUCCUUGCAAGCUGCAGAUGAUCCGACUGUCACUUGUUUUCCUUUAAGAAUUUUAAAAAUAAGUUACUGUGUUUAGCUCCAUAAAUUACUCGUUUUAUAUCUUAGUGUUUGUCUACAUUUGUCUGUGAUUUUAGCCUUUCUUACGAUUAAUGCAUGUGGGGCAUGAAACACUGUACGAUUGUGUUAUUUUACAUCAGUGAGUAUACU